AUGGCUGAAGCAACUGGCCAAACAUACGACUCUGAUCGUGGCCAAUACUGGAGCGGCGAAAUCGAGGCAGGCACUGCCAAGAUUACCCCGUACCAAGAUGGUAGACCCACGCGGUUUACCUUCAAGAGACCAUUCCAGCAGGUACCGCAUGUUCAACUCACGCCUGACUUUGGUGAGAACCCAUCGCAAGGGUUCAAGCAGUCUUGGCUUUACUUGUUGAGCAGGGGAAAACCGGCGGUGGACAAGCAAGGCUUUACUGUUGGAUAUGAGAUUACCUUUAAGUACACUGCUAUUGAGAUACGUGAGAGGUACUGA